AUGGAGUCCAACGCCUCUCGUCCGACCUUAAUUGUCGAGCAUCGACCUUCAACUACGACCUCUGAGGCGGCCGGACAUCAUCAUUCUUCCACACAUUCUCUCCGUACGGAAACCAUCUCCACUUCAUCCUCUCACAAUUCCUUGUGGAAGUCUGCGAAUGAAAAGCUUUUUCAUGUGUAUUUGACGCUGAAAACUACAGGAGCACGAAGAAGCGGAUUCGAUCGUUUCCUAUUUGGUCUUGUAUUCAUCUAUUACUUGUAUUUGAAUGUCUUGAUGCCAACUCUUUCCUCUCAUCCUCCCUAUCGUUACGAAGUACAAGAUCAUACGAGUAUGAACACCUCUCCGUAUGGAGUGUACGGAGGUUGGGUGUUUCGAGUAUUGAAUUAUCCCAUCACCUUCUCCUUGGAUUCCAUAUCGAGUGAGGCUGUCGUUGCAUUGAGUUGUUGCUCUGUAGGUUUGGUCUCUGUGUUUUUCAUCACUCUCAUGAUGGAAUUCAAAGUGUUGAAAGGAAAAACUCUGGAUCGUUUGCGCCAAUUCAAUACUUACUUUGGUCUGCUCAUUGCCUUAAUAACACCCAUCUCGAUUUUCGUAAUGAGUACUUUUGUGGAUUCUAAUCCCAAUCAUUUAGUCUAUUCAGAAAAGGAUGGAGUUCUGCGACCCACACUUUCUCGAAUACCUUCUUUGUUUUAUUUGGAGGAAGAUUCCAUGGUGUUUUUCAUCCUUUCCUUCUUUUCCAUGAUUUUCAUGAUGAUGGGCUGUUUUGUUGCAUUCAUAUUAAUGCCAUUGAGUAAUACGAGUAGUAAGAUUCCCUUUAUUGUCAUGGAUAACAUUCCGAUUGCGUUGAAUUGUGUUUCCAUUGCUUUUGAAAUGAUGAUCAAAUUUCUCAUUCCUCCCACACAUCUGUAUGUGAGAGGAGUUAUUCAUUCGAUUGGAGCCCUCGCACAGCUUGUUCUCUUUUUUUACUCACUUCCUUUCUUUAAACGAUUGGAAAAUUCAAUCUUUAUUGGAGCUCUUGCGGGAAGACUUGGCUCUUCGAUUGGAAUGAUCAUUAGUGGAUGUGUUUUUAACUUGGAUUCUUCAUCAUUGAUAUUUAAUAACGAUUUGGGACUUGCCAUGAUGGGUCUCACUUUGGGACUCUUGAUUCUUUUCUUUAUACUUGGUAUUGCUGCAUGUGAAAUUUAUACAUUGAUUUUUGUGUGUCGACCAGUGAGGAGAAUCUUGGAGACAACAGGUGUGAAUUUCGAUGAUCUCUCUCGUUCUCAUGAUUCAGACAUAAUGUCUCAAAUAGUAGGAGAUGAAAACGACUCCAUUCGCGCAUUGAGUCUUUUCCUUCAAUUUUCUGUGAGGCAUGAGAGUGAUUACAGGAUUACUUGCUCCUUUGUGAAAAGUGCUUGUCAUCAACGAUUAUUUGCAUCUCCAUUACUACUAUUGAUGGCAAGUCAUGUCAUUUCGCACGAAUGGAAUACAGAUUUGAACAGUUAUGCAUUGGCCUCCUCUUUACUGAAACGAGCCCAAAAGAAUUGUGGAAAUAUUUGGAAACGAACAAUCAUCCAAGAAAUGCUCAGAGAAAUUGAAACACAGAGUGCAAGUUACAAGACGCAUGGACUCAAUAGUGUUGAAGUGAAAAACAUGAUUCUUGACUUGGAACAAAAACAAGAGGAGCUAGUGACAGUUCAUCGAAUGUUUUUUAAGGAAUUCAUGAGUGACUUUCCAAACAUUCCAAAAAUUGAACAAAUCAACAGUCGAGGAAGUGAAUUGGCAAGAUAUUGUGACAAGAUGUUUUAUCAUUUGGUGACAAAUUUUAGACAAAACAAGACAAUUCUAAGACUUUAUGCAGGAUACCUUGAAAAUUUUAAAUUUGAUAAGGAACAAGCAGCAGCUCUCUAUGAAGAGGCGAGUCAAUUGGAAGAGGAAGAAUCAAAGAAUAGGUAUUUUAAAAAAGUUAGAAGUUUUUCUAACAACAAAGUAAUGCCCAUUUCAGUCAGCACAGUUUCUCAUGCAAAUCAUAACAACAUUCCUAGCAGUGCCAAUACAGGCGUGGAGUUUCAAAACAAUCUGGAAAAAACCUCCUUCAUGGAUAACGAAAAUGUCGAAAAGGAAAAUUUUGAUGGAGUUGAGAAUGAACAAGUGGAUAAGAAACAAGUCUUCUUUAGAAAUACCAUCAACACUCCCUAUCAAUCAUCAUUAAGGAAUUAUAGUUUUUUGGUCGUUGCGGCUUUUUCUCUCGCCUUGUUGAUUGUCGCUCUUGUGCUUUGCUUGAUUUUUGGUGCCAAAGUUACUGAAAUUCCACUUGCAUUGGACUCUUGUUUACCAGGAGCGACUCCAUCCUCUCUGAUUCGUGAAGUCAGAAUGAGACAUAUAAUGACAGAGCUAUUUGAAAAUCAGAAAUGGCCAAUACCAAAGAACACCACAAGGGAAGGUUUUGCCUAUGAAAAGUUUUUGGGCCUACUCUCAACAUCGAUUCCAACAAUUUAA